AUGCCAGACGAAAGCGACGCCACUCCUCCCCCCAAACCCUACCACCCCAAACGCCCGCACCGCAAGUCUCGCACCGGCUGCCGCAACUGCAAAGCCCGCAAAGUCAAGUGCGACGAGUCCCGACCAGCCUGUCGCACCUGCGUUGCCCGCAACGAGCAAUGUGUCUAUUUGCCCGUCCCUCCUAAACGCACUCACCACACGCCACCAUCCUCAUCUCCCUCCUCGACCUGCUCAACCCUCUCCCUCUCCCCCCAAAGCCCUAUCCCCCACACCAACCAUCCCUUCGGCUAUCCUCUCUACCAUUCCCCCUUCCCCUUACCUCCAUCGAGGGAUGAGACAGAUAUGAGGUUACUCUGGUUCUACACCGCACACACCUACACGUCCUUCAGCACAGGCCGCAUGCCCAACCGCGACGUCGAUCUUGUCCUGCAAAUCUCGGUCCCCCAAUACGCCUUCGCGAACUCCUUCCUCAUGGACUGCUUACUCGCUCUCUCAGCAAUGCACAUUCGCCAUCUGCAGCUCACACACCUCGCCGUGCCGCCCCGCAAGGAACUCCUCUACCGCGUACGGGCAUUCGAGUCCUAUCGCAAGGCAGUCCAGGCAGCUGAGCCGAAGACAUACCCCGCCCUACUGGCCUGUUCAUUAUUUUUGUGCGGACUAGGGACACACGUCUUCCGCCCUGAUAUUGAGCCCGCUCCCGUCGAGGGGUCCGGGCCCAGCCCCGAUCCUAAACCAUUAGCAGUCCUCGACUGGAUGGUCCUCUGGCGGGGGAUCAACUCCAUCAUCGAAGUGACGAAAUCUCCGCCCUGCCGGUCCUCCCCGUCUCCGGCGCCCUCUCCUCAGCCAGAAGACCUCCCCCACCUGGAAGGACUGCGCGCGCUUUCAGCGCUCGUCUUCCGCCCCUCCGUCAACCUGCCUGCCUCCGCAACUGCCAUACCGUCUCAUUUGCUGGUAAUGCUCACGUCCAUCCCUCCCACCGACCCCGACCACGGGCUGAUACCCGCCUAUCAUACCACCCUGACGUAUUUGGGUUCCUUGUACUUGGAAUUGUCCUCCUCAGGCUUCAGCAUCAUGCUCCUCCUCCGCAUCGUCACCUUCUUCACCUAUCUUCCUGCAGAAUUCGUCCAUGCCGCGCGCCAGUUACGCCGUCCCCCCGCCCUCAUAAUCAUCGCCCACUAUUUGAUCUUCCUCCGUCUUCGCAAACGCCGAUGCUGGUGGAUGGAGGGCAUCGCAGAGAAGGAAAUACCCGCGAUAUGCAAUCUACUGGGGCAAGAGUGGCAGGAGCUGUUGAAACUGCCCAAAAAGGUGCUGGAGUUGGAGGACGAUCUGGAAAUUGCGAGGUUGUUGUUGGGAGAUGAUAAAUGGGUGCCGCCGAGGGAGGGGGAGAAAGUUUUGGGGGAUUGGUUAACGAGAAGGGAGUUGGUGGUCAGGAUAGCUAGGGAAGGGGGGCCUAGGAGGAUUGAGGAGAACUGA